AUGACCGAGGAGUCACUGUCGGAGCACAAGGACAGCCGCGCCGAGGCGAAGGAGGCCGUCGCCAAGGCAGAGGCCCUGCGCGCCGAGGAGAGCUCGGCCUUCAACAAGGAGAAGUCUGACUCCGAGACCAACAUCAGCGCGAUCAAGGCCGCCGUGGCGGCGCUGGAGAAGGGCAUGGGCGCCUCCUUCCUUCAGUCCAGCGGCGCCAAGAGGAUCGCCCAGUUCGCCAUGGAGAAGGCCACGAUGGCCGACGCCUCCCGGCAGAAUCUCCUGUCCUUUUUGUCCGGCACUUCCGACUAUGCGCCCAAGAGCGGUGAGAUCACUGGGAUCCUCAAGCAAAUGGGGGACGAGAUGGUAGCCUCGCUGAAGGAGGCGACCGACGCCGAGGACAAGGCGCAGGCCUCGUUCAAUGAGAUGACUGCCGCAAAGACCAAGGAGAUCAGCACUCUGACCGCGCAGAUCGAGGAGGAGAUGCUGCGCCUGGGAGAGCUCAACGUGCUGCUGGCCGAGGGCAGCAACGACCUGGAGGAGACCAAAGAGACGCUGAAGGAGGACAUCAGCUAUCUGGCUGAGUUGAAGAAGGGGUGCAGCACGAAGGAGGCCGAGUGGAAGGAGCGUUGCAAGGUGCGCCAGGAUGAGCUGGUCGCGAUUACGGAGACCAUCAAGAUUUUGAACGAUGACGACGCGCUGGAGCUCUUUAAAAAGGCCCUGCCGGCACCGUCGGUGAGCCUCCUGCAGGUCGAGGGCAGCGCCCAGGCCACGCGCAAGCGCGCGCUCGCCGCCCUGCGCGCCAAGGCCCACAGCAGCCCGCGGCUCGACCUCGUGAUGUUGGCCAUUCAGGGAAAGAAAGCUGGGUUCGAGAAGGUCGUAGCGCUGAUCGACGAUAUGAUCGCGAAUCUGAAGACAGAGCAGUCAGACGACGACAAGAAGCGCGAGUAUUGCGAGGCCGAGCUUGACAAGUCCGAGGACCAGAAGAAAGAGCUGGAGCGCUCCAUCGAGGUGUCCAGCACUGCCAUCGAGGAGCUUAAGGGCGCGAUCGCCACCUGGACUUCCGAAAUCAGCGACCUCAAGGCCGGCAUCGCCGCGCUCGACAAGUCCGUGGCCGAGGCCACCAAACUCCGCAAGGAGCAACACUCAGAAUACCAGCAGGUGAUGGAGGAGAACAAGGCCGCCAAAGAGAUCUUGCUGUUCGCUAAGAAUCGCCUGAACAAGUUCUAG